UCGGAAGUAAUUCGUCUGGGCGCAAGGAAGAGAGUUGUUUACAAACAGAAGAGAAAGUUGGACAUGUAGCUAACUUGAGACAAACAGUUACUAAAUAGCCUAGAAGAAUGCAUCUCUCAAGUUUUACACUCAUGGAUUUUUACUUUAACUAGCUAACAGCUCGAGACAGACUGAGAACCUGUUAUUCAAACCUUGGGCACGAGGGAGUCAGCAAAGCUCCAUACUAGCCAGAAAUGGUAGCUGAGUAAGAGGAGCACGUGUGUAUGGUUGCAGGUGUGAGAACAUACCUGGGGUCAGAUGUCAGGGAGGAUGUCAGAGGAAGGGGGCAAGCUGACGCUGAGGCGUCUUGAAGGGCCGAUCCACAAGUUCACUAAAGUAGCCCUGCCGACAGACCUAGAAAGACUACAGAGACACCACAGCAAUAUACUGAAGUUCCAGCAUAGUGGACAAUGGGAUCGCCUUCAUCAGGAGCACAUCAAUGCCAGCCGCACUGUGCAGCAGUUGAGGGCUAAUGUUAGAGAGAUGGAGAAGCUGUGUGGAUGUGUCCGCCCGGAGGACGGCCCCGCCCUGGAGAGGCUGGUUCAGCCAAUCAGAGACCGAGCAUCUGCUGCCACGCAAGACUUCCUACUCCUGCAUUCUAACCCCGCCCCUAUGCCACAGGCACCACGCCCCCCAGACCACUCAUUCUCAGGUGGUUCCCAUGGUGAUGAUGUGGGCAGUGAGCCCCUUCCUGUUAAUCAAACGCAGCUCCUCCUCCCAGUGAUCCCCCUCAACGAGAGUGCUGCUGAGUCCUGGGACACCCUGGAGGAGGACCUGAAGGAGCUUAGCGGUUUGGUGACAGAGUUCUCUCUGCUGGUCCAUUCCCAGCAGGAGAAGAUUGACAGCAUAGAGGAGAACGUCAUCACAGCAGCAGCCAACGUGGAGGAGGGGACCAGGAGCCUCGGGAAGGCGGUGGGCUACAGGCUGGCAGUGUUACCCGUGGCGGGGGCAGUGUUAGGGGGGGUGUUGGGUGGGCCGCUGGGCCUACUGGUGGGGUUCAAGGCAGCGGGGGUGGCGGCAGCGCUUGGAGGGGGGGCUCUGGGGUUUGCAGGGGGGAACCUGGUCCAGAAGAAACGCAGAGCUAGAUUAGAGUCCCAGAUGAACCAGCUCACUGCACCCCCUACGGAACCAGAACCACCGCUGGACAAGGACAAGUGACCUCUGAUUGGUCGUGAAGGGACCUCUGACCUCCAGAAGCUUACACUGGUCCAGGUACUGCCCGACUACAUUGCAGACGCAUGCUAAAGCUUACAUAUAUAGUGGGGCAAAAAAGUAUUUAGUCAGCCACCAAUUGUGCAAGUUCUCCCACUUAAAAAGAUGAGGCCUGUAAUUUUCAUCAUAGGUACACUUCAACUAUGACAGACAAAAUUAGAAAAAAAAUCCAGAAAAUCACAUUGUAGGAUUUUUUAUGAAUUAAUUUGCAAAUUAUGGUGGAAAAUAAGUAUUUGGUCACCUACAAACAAGCAAGAUUUCUGGCUCUCACAGACCUGUAACUUCUUCUUUAAGAGGCUCCUCUGUCCUCCACUCGUUACCUGUAUUAAUGGCACCUGUUUGAACUUAUCAGUAUAAAAGACACCAGUCCACAACCUCAAACAGUCACACUCCAAACUCCACUAUGGCCAAGACCAAAGAUCUGUCAAAGGAUACCAGAAACCAAAUUGUAGACCUGCACCAGGCUGGGAAGACUGAAUCUGCAAUAGGUAAGCAGCUUGGUUUGAAGAAAUCAACUGUGGGAGCAAUUAUUAGGAAAUGGAAGACUUACAAGACCACUGAUAAUCUCCCUCGAUCUGGGGCUCCACGCAAGAUCUCACCCCGUGGGGUCAAAAUGAUCACAAGAAUGGUGAGCAAAAAUCCCAGAACCACACGGGGGAACCUAGUGAAUGACCUGCAGAGAGCUGGGACCAAAGUAACAAAGCCUACCAUCAGUAACACACUACGCCGCCACGGACUCAAAUCCUGCAGUGCCAGACGUGUCCCCCUGCUUAAGCCAGUACAUGUCCAGGCCCGUCUGAAGUUUGCUAGAGAGCAUUUGGAUGAUCCAAAAGAAGAUUGAAAAAAUGUCAUAUGGUCAGAUGAAACCAAAAUAUAACUUUUUGGUAAAAACUCAACUUGUCAUUUUUGGAGGACAAAGAAUGCUGAGUUGCAUCCAAAGAACACCAUACCUACUGUGAAGCAUGGGGGUGGAAACAUCAUGCUUUGGGGCUGUUUUUCUUCAAAGGGACCAGGACGACUGAUCCGUGUAAAGGAAAGAAUGAAUGGGGCCAUGUAUCGUGAGAUUUUGAGUGAAAACCUUUCAGCAAGGGCAUUGAAGAUGAAACAUGGCUGGGUCUUUCAGCAUGACAAUGAUCCCAAACACACCGCCCGGGCAACAAAGGAGUGGCUUUGUAAUUUGCAAAUAAAUUCAUUAAAAAUCCUACAAUGUGAUUUUCUGGAUUUUUUUUCUCAUUUUGUCUGUCAUAGUUGAAGUGUACCUAUGAUGAAAAUUACAGGCCUCAUCUUUUUAAGUGGGAGAACUUGCACAAUUGGUGGCUGACUAAAUACUUUUUUGCCCCACUGUAUAUCAGCUAACCACAUCAUAUGAUAUAGCAAUCUGAUGCACGACUGCACAGUUGAAGUGGCGCACAACCAUUGGUUGCAAUGCAACGCCUGCACAUCUAGUCGGGCAGGAACUCAACCAAGAAAUCCCUCAGACUAACUGGCUUUCCGCUCUAACAAUCCGUUGUUUGACCAAUAGAUUUGCUCUCUUUACUGUGGUAAUAAGGAACUCCUCCUCGCUGCCAAUAGAUGGAGGAGAGGUCUGUCAAGAGAGGCCUACUGUGAAGAGAAGCCUGCCACUGGGAUCUACCACUUCCCAAUCAAUAAGACUUUUAAACAUCGUAGGAGAGCCUUGUUGAGGACCUGAGUGUGAAAGGGAGGUGUGAAUGCUGUGUUGUAUGUAUAUAUGCUGGGUCUGUUGGCUUUGUAUUUAAAACUUUCAAGUAACUGUCCAGUGUUUCCAGAUUUCUAUUAAAUGACCUACACAUUUUUACAAUAUAAAUGAAAAUUUUCCUUCCAAAAUCUUUUAAAUAUGUUAAAAAGCAGCUUUGUGUUGGAAUGGUGUGGGCGUAUACUGAUCUCAAAAAUAUUCAUGCGAGUAGACCGCUGAUUGGCCAGCUCAUCCUCCUCAGAGGAAACGGCAAGCUUUGAAAUAAAAGUUUGCGUUUUUUUAGGUUCUACAAUUAAUAUUUUGCCCACAAAUACAAGUAUAGGACGAGACAACAUUAUUUGGGUAUGAGAUUACAGAACGUUCACUGCACAGUUACUUUAAGUAUAUGAUUAUACAUUAUGAAAAGAUGUGCAUUAUUAGUAGCAAACACUACAGCCUAGUUUUGUAACAUAAGUCCUGCUGUUUGGUGCCUUUUAGUACAGACGGAGAGAUGGUCGUUUUAUUAAAGUCAUGUUAUUAUACUGUUUCUUGGACAGACCGUCUUAACUACCCUCAGUCUUUAUCAAAUACACACUGUGCCAAAGCCAGACACUGCCUGGGUCGAGCAGUCACCCAUCUCUCUAGUUUAUGAACUUAUUGAUGUUUAUCUGAGUCUGCUGCUCUGCUUAGAGUAUACAGCUCAUUAACAGAGGGAGGAGGGAGAGGGAGGUAUAAACAGCAGUAAAUGUCAAGACUAUGUCCUGGUCUGAACCCUGCUGGAGAGGCUGCUCCCUCUGACAGACUGGGGAGCAGAAAAUAAGAAUGAGUGAUUGUGAUUAAGAAAGGUUAGGAGGAUAAACACAGCUGUCCUGGGUGUACCAGGUAGAAAGUUGUGAUGUGUGAUAGGCCAAGUUUCCCUCUCUUAAAAGUGCCACGAGAGAAACAUGUCACACCUGAUGUCAUUUACUACAACAGUAGAUGACCUCAACUCAGACCAGGACAAACUAAAUAUGGAUGGUCUUAAUCUAUGUGAUGAUUUACUGGGGGUUUUAUAUUGCCAAAGAAAACCAAUAAAAUCUGCUUCUGAUGAAGGAAUUGUGUGUG